AUGAAACUGAAACUGGUUGGUGACAAAACUGAAAUUUUUGGUAAAAAGAGUUUAGCCAGCAGAAAUUUCAAAUUUCUCAAUCAUUCAUUUAUGAAGAAUUUAGAUAUUAAAACUGCCAGUGAUAAUUUUAUUGAAGACAUUAUUGAUGAACUACAAAUAACUAUAAAGUCUCUUUUAAGUGGUAUUGAAAUUUCAAAUAUUAUUGAAAUAUGGAAAAUAAGAUGUAUAGCAAUAGAAACAACUACUGAUACUUCAACAUUAUCUCAAAUUACAUCAUGUACAUUUCAAAGUUUACAUUAUAUUCAAAGGUCUGAUAAUAAUGAAAUUAUUUGUCAAAAUACUAAUCAACGAAAUAGAUUUGGAAUAGCAUUUUCUAUAGCAAAAACUGCUGUUAAUAUUGCAUUAGAAACUAAUAGUGAUCGUGAAUUAAUUCAAUUAUUGAAAGAUUUUAUUGAAGCAAAACGAAAAAAAAAUGUAGAUAAUAAUGACAAUGUUAAUCAUGAUAUAGUAGAAAUUAAUGGGUCUAAUCAAGAAAAUGAUAAUAUAGUUCCAUUACAAAAAAAUUUAAUUGAACAAAUUACCAGUUCUUGUGUGACUAAAGUUAAAGGGGUUCUAUAA